AUGGCUACAUCGCAGAUUCCUCAAGUCAGCAACGAUGGAUACCAUGCCUUCUUCGUCUUCUCCAUGCUUUCUUGCAUGUACAAGCUCGCGAAAGGACCGAACGCCGGCGACUUUCUGGCCUUCAGCGAGCCGGGACACGAGCCGCCAGAGUGGCUCAUAUACUACAAAGGAUAUCACUCCUUCAUGGUUUUGGGCAUUGACGCGAUGCGAAGAGGGCCUCUCGCAGAGAUGAUUGAAAACGGCACCACGAAGACACGUCGAUUCUUCGCCUCGACAGAGGAGUCCAUCGACCCGGAGCCCGUGGCCGAACUGCGCAGCCUCUGUGAAGGCGUGCUUGGGACCGACAAGGCCAAGCACGCCACAUACAGAGCAGCCAUCGACAAUCUCUCUCGCUGUUUCUCCAUCAUGUUGGGCGGGAACCACGGCGGCGAGUUCAACAUCUUCGUUUGGGCCCUGAACAUCCCGCAAGACUUCAUUCCGUGCAUCCAGCAGCGCGAGCCGAUGGCGCUCGUCGUCUUCGCGUACUUUGUAGCGCUACUCAACGAGCUUUCGGGGUGGUGGGUGCUGGACGGCUGGGUGAAUCACCUCAUGGCCGGCAUCUGGGACGCGUUAUCGGUGGGGAGGAGGCCGUGCAUUCGGUGGCCGAUGGAGCGGACGGGAUGGCUUCCGCCCUGA